AUGGUUGUGACAUCGCAUCAGCCGGACAUAAGAUUCUGCAAGAUUUUUGCCGACGAUCGCUAUACUCUGGACUGGCUAAUUGAUCAAGGUGUCGACGUCAACAAAACAAAUACUAGUCGGCAGGCGACUGGAUAUGCUGGUCCCCAGGACAUUUUCGACUGGUCGGACCAUCUGCUUAACAACGUUGCCGCAAAUGGAGACUUUGAGCUCUUUGACCACCUUGGCAGCCGUGGAGCCGACCCUCAUCGUAGCCUUGCCCUGCACGACAUCUCCAGGUGCAGAGACGAAGCACGGGCUGUCGCCAUGGUACGGCAGCUUCUUGAUAAGCACAACAUGAACAUCGACUCCGACAAUGAAGACAUGCGUGACAUGUUCGAUCUUGCUCCGGACUCGGGAACGCCACUCUGUGUCGCGGCUUGUUACCGGGAUUUCCCUGUUCUGGAAGAGCUUCUGAGAAGAGGAGCCAAUCCCAAGCAACGUGGGAAAUCUGGAAUAUAUCCUUUGAAUAAUGCCAUUGGAACUAAGAAUCAAGAAGCCAGCUUGCCUGCAAUCGAAGCUCUUCUCGGUGCCGGAGUAGACCCUACGUCUGUAUUAGUUGAUGCAGCGGAGCACGGGAAGCUGGGAGCUGCGCGAAUGUGCUUGAGACUAGGAGCCGACCUUCAGGAAGCUCGAGAGGAGGCGCUUCGGCGAGAUUGUGAGCUUGCAGGAUAUGGCCUGACGCUGGCACAGCGUGCCCAAGGCAGGGAAAGCAUCGAAGACGUCCUGAGCAAGCUGAUGGCAAAGUCAGGCAGUGCACCGGAAGGAUCUUGA